AUGACAGUGUAGUUAUCUCCAAAUAAAUAAACACAGACCUCUGCUUUUCAAGGAGUGUGCUCACAAUCCAUCCCUCUCUGCGUGAGUAGUGCGAGGAGAGCUCUUCAGGGGAGGAGUGGUGAGUUCAGCCUCUGAAGUAACUUCGCUCAAACAAACGCAGCAGAGAAGAGGACAGGAGAGGUGCAUUUCGCGAAUUCCUCAAGGAUGGAGAAGGAUUCUCCAGUCAAGCCGUCGGUGGUCGAGCUGGCUGGGAGGUUCAAAGGUCACGUCAUACCGACGCCCACUGCACAUGACGAGAGGAAGCCUGUCAGACGGAGACCUCCUCCGUGCUCCCUGCAGCUUCACAACAUGAAACAUGACCAUGGGGAACUGGAGAAACCCAGCAUCGUCUCUCCACAACCCCCCAAAGUCAAGCUGAAGACUUCCAAGAGCUCCCCCCUCAUCGAGAAGCUGCAGGCAAACCUAGCCCUGUCGCCCACCUCUCUGCUGCCCUCGCCCAAGAGUCCCGAGGUGAAGCUGGCGCCGACGCCCAUCUCCCCCACAACCCCUUGCUUCUCUCCCACAAGCCCUUGCAGCCCCCUCAGCCCCAUCCUGAGGCCCCAACUGUCCAGUGAGGAGGAGGAGCCGGUAUGCUUCGAGAGGCCGGCGGAGGGCCCCCCACUAUCCAGCUUCAACAAGAGUCGAGUUCGGCUGUCCUUAAAGAGGCGUCCGCCCACACGGCAGCACCGGCAGUCACGUGUUGAGGAGGGCGUAGUCUCUGAGGGAGGGUGUGUGUCCCAAGGUGACCCAGACGGCCUCCAGGUGAACGGGGCCGAGGACCAGGUGGACCAAGUGUUUGAGCAGCCAGGUGAGGGUGAGGGUGGGGAUGGGGGGGAGGAGACCCGGGGAAGCCCCCCGUCUCACCCAGACACUCUGACAGAGACUGGAGACAGGGACAGUGAACAGGCCAAAGGGGACCAAGUGCUGGAGGAGGAGACAGGAGAGGCGGCCCCAGCCACCCAGGAUGUGGAGGAGGAAGCUGGGGAGCAGGCCCUAGGUGAGCCCCAGGCUUCAGAUUCUCUGGAGGCCAUAGAGGAGGAGGGGUCUUGUCACCUAUUGUUCCAAAAGAGCUACAACAACCAGACAGAGGAACAGGAGGAUCCACCACAGCCUCGGGAGGGGGAUGAAAACCUCUGAACAAUGUUUACAAAUCACUGUAGAUAGAAAUCAUACAAUCAGUCAAUGGCUGAGUCCCAAAUGGAACCUCCUAUUGCCUUUAUAGUGCACUAUUUUUGACCAGAGCCCUGGUCAAAAGUAGUGCACUAUAAAAGGAAUAAGGGUGUCAUUUGGGACGCAUCCUCAUUAAUUAUGAAACUUGCAUAAUCUGCAUAAUCUUGGUACACAGAACUAAAUCUUGCGUACAUGCCUGUCGUAUUUAAAUGUGUCUGUUGCAAUGGAUAGACAGUCCUCUGCAUAGCUUUGUGUUCAAUCAGAUACCGUUGGAGGUGAUCAUUUCUUGUUUCUGCAGCAGUUUAAAUAAUAGUUCUCUCUAUAGUAUUUGGCCCAGCUGUCUCACCUCUCCUGGUCUCCUCUCCUGGUCACCUCUCACUUCUCCUGGUCACCUCUCACCGCUCCUGGUCACCUCACCUCUCCUGGUCACCUCUCACGGUCACCUCUCACCUCUUCUGGUCACCUAUCCUGGUCACCUAUCACCUCUCCUGGUCACAGCUAUCCUCUCACGGUGACCUCUCACCUCUCCAGGUCACCUCUCCUGUUAACCUCUCCUGGUCAACUCUCUCUCUCCUGGUCAACUCUCUCUCUCCUGGUCACCUCUCACCUCUCCUGGUCACCGCUAACCUCUAACGGUCACCUCUCACUUCUCCUGGUCACCUCUCACUUCUCCUGGUCACCUCUCACUUCUCCUGGUCACCUCUCACCUCUCCU